AUGUCUUCUUUUCCGCUUCUUUGACGCUCGUCAAAGUUCGGACUUUCUCGGGGAAACGGAGGUUUACAGAGCUGAAGAGCGGCGUUCGCUGCCGGUAAACUGGUCGGGACGCCCCGCGGAGGGACAGCGGAGAGUUUAUCACAAGUCAGAGCAGAAGUUGAAGCUUUCAGUUUGUUCAGGAUGAACUUCUGUUAGGAGCGGAAGGCGUCGAGAAAAUUCCCAGGAGGGGGAAGUCUGUUAUCGUCAUCCUUCACCUGCGGAGCCGCCAUCGCUUCUCUCAUCAUCAAGGUUUCUGCUGAGUCAUGGCCAGCGCUCUGAGGAUGAGCGAAGCCUCCUUCAUCAACUACGACAACGAGCUGCAGCUCAACCUGAUGCCGUAUGACUACAUUCCCCCGGUGGACAUAAAGACUGAACCCUACAUACCUGAGACAGUUCACGGUCCGUACAUCCAGAUCAUCGAAGAGCCCAAACAGAGGGGUUUCCGCUUCCGCUAUGAGUGUGAGGGUCCGUCCCACGGCGGCCUGCCGGGGGCGUCCAGCGAGAAGAACCGGAGGACCUACCCGACGGUGAAGAUUAACAACUACAUGGGUCCGGCCCGGGUGGAAGUGCAGCUUGUCACCCACACCGACCCGCCCAGAGUCCACGCCCACAGCUUGGUGGGGCGCCACUGCACCGAGAGCGGCACCUGCGUGCUGGACAUCGGCCCCAACGACCUCACCGCCGCGUUCAGUAAUUUAGGGAUCCUCCAUGUAACCAAGAAGGGCGUGGUCGACGUUCUGACCCGAAGACUGAGGGAGGAGAGGAGGAGACAAACCGGGGCACACUGUCACCUUACAGAUGCUGACGAGGCCUCCAUCCAGAAGGAGGUGAAGGAGCUCAGUAAGAGCAUGGACCUGAACAUCGUUCGUCUGAAGUUCACCGCCUACCUGGAGGACAGUAACGGAGGCUUCACGCGCGCGCUCAAACCCGUGGUGUCCAACCCCAUUUAUGACAGCAAGUCGCCCAACGCCUCCAACCUGAAGAUCUCCCGCAUGGAUAAGACGUGUGGCUCUGUCCUCGGAGGAGACGAGAUCUUCCUGCUGUGUGACAAAGUGCAGAAAGACGACAUCGAGAUCCGCUUCUACGAGGAGGACGACGAGGGCGGCUGGGAGGCGUUCGGGGACUUCUCUCCCACCGACGUGCACAAGCAGUACGCCAUCGUGUUCAAGACGCCGCCGUAUCACAGCACCGAGAUCCAGCGCUCCGUCACCGUCUUCCUGCAGCUCCGGAGGAAGAAGGCGGGCGACAGCAGUGACCCCAAACAGUUCACCUACAUACCACAAGUCCAAGACAAAGAAGAGGUGAUGAGGAAGAGGCAGAAGCCGCUGCCUCACUAUGAGAACUGGAGAGGAACAGGAGGAGGAAGAGGGGGAGGGGCUGGGGGAUUUGGGGGAGGAGCUACAGGAGGAGGAGGAGGAGGAUUUCAGUUCCACCAGCAGAUGAACGGAGGAGGGGGAGGAGGAGGAGGAGGAGCCUUUUACUCAGAAGGCUUCGCAGGCUUUCCUGGAGCAGCUCAGAUGUCAAGCUCCGCCCCCCAGACGAGUGACAGACCAACAGGCUCGCCACUGCAGCAGCAGCUGCUUCAGAUUGCCGCGUCGCUCAACAACCGCGUGUCUCAGAUCGCCCGGCAGACCGCCGCCGCCCUGCUGCAGUACUGCCGCACCGGCGACACCCGCGCCCUGCUCGCCAUCCAGACUCACCUGUGCAGCGUCCAGGACACCAACGGAGACACGCCGCUGCACCUGUCCAUCAUCCACCUGCAGAACGGCGUGACGCAGCAGCUCAUCCACACACUGCUCAGCAGCCGGCAGCAGCGGAUCCUGAACACGACCAACCACCUGCAGCAGACCCCCCUACACCUGGCGGUGAUCACCCGUCAACCGAAGGUGGUGGAGGCGCUGCUGAGGGCGGGGGCGGACCCCAGCCUUCCAGACAAAGACGGUCGCAGCCCCCUCCACCUGGCCGCGUUGGCAGGGGACAGCUCCUUGCUCCGCCUCCUGCUGUCCCACCUGGGAGAACGCCACGGCCACCUGGUGAACACGCCCGACUACCACGGUCUGCAGCCGCUGCACCUGGCCGUGAGGAGGGACGGCGAGCGCUGCCUGCGCCUGCUGGUCGAGGGCGGGGCUAAGAUUAACGCCCCGGAGCAGAAGAGCGGGAACACGGCGCUCCACCUGGCUGUGAGAGAAAACCUCUUCAAAGUCGCCUGUACACUCAUCACAGAGCUGAAGGCGGACACCAACGCCUGCACGUUUGGAGGAAACACGCCGCUGCACCUUGCUGCCAGCCUGGGCUCCCCCACGCUCUGCUCCAUGCUGAUCGCAGCAGGCGCAGACAAGAACAUCCAGAACGACGAGCCGCUCUUCUGCAGCUCCUCGUCGGACGAAGAGGCGGACGAACCAACCAGAGUGGAGCUGACGGAACGAGCCGCCGCCCAGCCAAUCAACACCCGCAAGAGACGAGCGGGACACACCCCUCUGGACCUCGCCACCUGCCACAAGGUGAGGAACCUGCUGCACAGCGGCCAGAAUCCCACAGCCGGUCGCCACGGCAACAAGAAGAUCAAAGCCAACAGCAGCAGUGAAGGCGGCGAGGCGUCGGGGCUGAACGAGGACACGCUGGCGCAGCUGGUGGAGGUGCUGAGCCUCAGCGACGUGCCCUGGAGGACGCUGGCGGAGAAGCUGGGCAUGAUGACGCUGACUCACCUGUACCAGGACAGCCCCACCCCCUGCCACCACCUGCUGCAGCACUACAAGCUGGGUGGCGGCGCCGUCGAGGUUCUGGUGGAAGCUCUGCGGUCUCUCGGUCUGACAGAAGGAAUCCGCCUGCUGAGGAACACGGAGCUGCAGGAGGACAAGCACAGCACAGACGCCACGGUCGACAGCGGCUUCAGCAGCCAGCCCAUGGAGGAGGAGGAGCAACAGCCGGCAGCCAAUCAGUGAGUGGUUGCAGUGUCCUUCCUUCACCACCAGGGGGCGGGAGCUCCUCUUCAGACCCACAGAAACUUUCAGUCUAAAAGGAGAACUCGUCCGUUUUUUUCAUACACAGAGACUUCAACAUGUAACUCUUGUUUUCACUAAUUUAUAUUCCAGUUUUUUCUGUAUUUAAUGUUUUUCUGUCGAUACUGAAGUUAAAAUCCUGAUGUUAGCAAAUGAAACUGGAAUGAACCAUUUUCUGUUGGGUCUUAAAUGCAUCUGCAGUCAUGGAAGACCAACAAUGUCAAAGAGUUUUAUGUAAAAUAAAAUAAAGUCUUCAUUCUUAAAUGA